CCCCGCCAAAUAACUGCACACAUACUCUGCAUACUCUGCAUACCCCCUCGAACCUCGGAGAUGAAGAACUUACUGUGCAUAUGUAUGUAGAGUAUGGGUGCUUUCAUGUGCAUGCGGUGGGGACUGGGGGGUGCGUGCGUGCGUGCGUGCGGGUACAUAAGCGAGCGAGUGAAGUGAAGUGAGGUGAGUGAGUGAGAAAGUCGGUGGGUCGAUGAGGCACGGCAGAGAUGGAUGAUGGAUGGAUCGACGGCGUGUGGAUCCUUGUCGACCUAUCAUCCCGUGCAUACGGAGGAGAGGGGAAGGCAGAGGGGAGUGGAGAGGAGAGAGGUCUGUGCGGGAUCGGGACGGGGACGGGUGCGAGACGGGGACGGGGAUGGGGGGAAGCGUGGUGGUGUCUGUUGUCUUCCUCUCACCUUGAUGUCCCGUUAGACAUGUGCCAUCCAUAUCGCCAUCUAUCCUCCCGCUCCAGCCUGAGUCGCAAUUCGUUCCACUCUGACCACUCAUCGCGUUUUUUUGGUAAGGCAGCACCUCCAAACGUCGUGGACUCCUCGGUGCCAACAGUCGAGACGACGAUACAACGAAACAGAGCGGGAGCGGUAAGGCGCGGCCAUCAAUAUGUAGAGUGCCUCCUCUACUAUGGAUCACAUGUUUCGCCGUUGGUCUUCGCUGCCUACCUAUACGGCACACGUGGCAGCGGCCUGGAUAAGACAUCGAACGGAAUCCACCCCAUCCCUCCCUCCCUCGUGGACAUAGUGACUUUGGUGAUUUUGGUGAAGCAAGCUGGACGAGGGCGGUUGCUGUGUGCUGUGUGCUGUGUGCGUAGCUGUCGUGCGAGUUAUCCCUUCGGAUGGAACGAUGGAACGAUGGACCAGCCCAGCUCUAUUAAAGUGAAUGAUGUCAACAGAUUACUCCGACUAACCGUCCAGUCAAUUAUCGUCUCGCUCGUCUCGUUCGUCUCGAUGGGCGGAGACUGUGGAUAGUGGGAUCGAAAUGAAAAGCCGAGGAACCCAACGAAUGAAGACGAAGAAGAAGAAGAAGGGGAAGAAGAAGACGAAGCCGAGGGGGGGCAGGUCUUUAUCUACACAUGUAAGAAAUGC